ACGGAUAUCUUCUUCAUCAUGAGUCUUAACGGUAAUGGUACACAUGUUUCAACUAUUCGUCCUUUGAAACCUGGUAUCUAUGCACCAAUCCCAUCGUUCUUCCUUUCCGAGUCCGAAGAUCUUGAUAUCCCCUCUUUUGAGAACCAUGUCGUCUGUGUCGCGACUGCCGGAGUGGGGCCCCUAUUAGCUGGGUCGAUGGGCGAAGCCAUCCAUCUAUCACAUGCAGAGCGAGUGGUAUUGAUCAAGACUGCAAGGAAGGCACUUGACCAUGCGGGAUUAUUAAACGUUCCGGUCAUAACCGGCAUCGGCGCCGGCAGCACUCGCGAGUCUAUAGAGCUAGCGAAUGAAGCCGCUGCAGCUGGCGCAGACUAUGCCAUCGCUAUCACCAGUGGUUACUUUGCUGGUGCGCUUGCUGGCGACAGGAAAGCACUGAAAGCUUUCUUCCAAGAAGUUAGCUCUAAGAGCCCUAUACCAGUCAUAAUCUACAAUUACCCUGGUUCCAGUGGAGGUAUCAAUCUAGACUCUGACCUCAUCACUGAGCUCGCCAUUGAGUGCCCUAAUACCUGCGGUGUCAAGCUCACCUGUGGAGAUGUCGGGAAGCUCACCCGUGUGGCGGCUACGGUAUCAGAUCCGAUGUUUUCAGCUCUUCACCCCCGGACAAACAAGAAUGCGCCUUUCCUUGUCCUUGGCGGAUUCAGCGACUUCCUUUUACCAUCAGCGUAUUCAAAUGGGCAUGGUGCUAUUACUGGCCUUGCCAACGUUGCUCCUUAUUCUAUUGUAAAACUCUUUGAGUUAAGUGAGGCCUCCAUGGUCGAUCCUUCCUUCCUUCCCGAGGCACAGCGGCUGCAAGGCAUUAUCGGGCGUGCAGACGCUACCAUUGCCAAGGCAUCAAUUUCAGGAACGAAAUACCUUCUCCAGAAAUUAUACGGCUACGGUGGCCAUCCCCGAAGGCCCUUGCCGCCUAUUGACCCUGUGGCAGGCGAGGCCUUGUGGGAGCAUUCGCAUACGCAAGCCCUCGUGCAUCUUGAAGAGGAGGUCGGCGGAAAGGUGCGAUAACGGGGACUGAGCGCACUGGUAGCACCUGUCUGUGUAUGAUGUAUGUGCUGGAAGCCUGGGGUCGCUAUGAUACGAUGACGCACAUAUAUUUCCCGUCACCAUAAUACUACCUAUGCAAUUAAGAUUCGACUCCCAAGAAUAUUGCGGCAAGCGGCUCUUUGUCCUUGACACGAUGGUGACUUAACGAGUACUCCAUGGGUGCAUGAUCAAAGUCGCUGUUGGCGCUGGUCGGACCGCCCGUGACGUUUCCGUGAGAGUCGGAGGCUGCGGCCCGCCUGCUAAUACUAUCAGUGCGACGCACGCUGCACACCCGUGUUAACGUUUCCACUUAAUCUCAUACUUUACCGUAAGACGAAAAGCUGAAC